CAUUCCCACUCUAUCCUGUUCCUCCAUUGGACCUUCCCAUUCCUCCUUUCUUAUCAAAUUUUUUUCUUUCUUUUUUAAAAAUAAAACCCAACGAUUCUCUGCCUUAGUGCCGUCCAUGUCCGAUUAAAUCUAGUAUCCAUCAACAAGAAGGAAGAGAAGAUAAAACUCCACGAUGAAGAGAGAUCACCCAGACCCAGACCCAGACCCAGACCCAGACAGUUAUGGUAGUACGAGCUAUGGCAGUUGUGUCAAGGGUAAGAUGUGGGAGGAAGACCAAGAUGCAGGUGCUGUCGAUGAGUUGUUGGCGGUUUUGGGUUACAAGGUUCGCUCCUCCGACAUGGCUGACGUCGCACAGAACCUUGAACGCCUCGAGAUGGUCAUGGGUUCAGCUCAAGAAGAUGGGAUUUCUCAUCUUGCUUCUGAUACUAUUCACUAUAACCCCUCCGAUCUCUGCGGAUGGGUACAGACCAUGCUCUCCGAGCUCAACACUACGAAUCUUGAUCCAGGCUUGGAUCCUCUGCUUGGUCAAAUCAGUUCCUCCAAUUAUCAACAGCAACAUCGGUCUCGCGUUUAUACGGAUGAUUCCGAUCUUAGAGCAAUCCCUGGUCCGGUCGUUCUCUCCCAGCCCGAUUCAGAAAUUGAAAAUGGCAGGAAGCGUAUGAGAACUUCAAUUGGGUCUGAUUCUGCGGCGCUGGUAGUACCGCAAUCAUCAUGCGCUGCAACAAUUGCCGUCCCCGGUGGCAAUGAUUCGUCCGAAUCAGCCCGACCAGUGGUGCUAGUUGACUCUCAGGAGACGGGGGUCCGGCUGGUCCACACUCUCAUGGCUUGUGCAGAGGCGGUUCAGCAGGAAAAUUUGAAGCUCGCGGAUGCAUUGGUGAAGCACGUCGGGAUCCUAGCAGCUUCACAAGCCGGCGCGAUGAAGAAAGUCGCCACCUAUUUCGCCGAAGCCUUGGCUCGCAGAAUUUACAAGAUUUACCCUCAAGACUCCCUCGAUCCCUCCUGUAAUGAUAUUCUCCAGAUGCACUUCUACGAGAGCUGUCCGUACCUCAAAUUCGCACACUUCACAGCCAAUCAUGCCAUUCUCGAAGCUUUUGCAACGACAAACAGAGUCCACGUCAUCGAUUUCGGGCUGAAACAGGGAAUGCAGUGGCCGGCACUUAUGCAAGCACUAGCAUUACGGCCUGGCGGCCCACCGGCUUUCAGAUUGACAGGGAUCGGCCCACCACAGCCGGAUAACACCGACGCGUUACAGCAAGUCGGGUGGAAAUUGGCCCAACUCGCUGGAACAAUUGGGGUUGAAUUCGAAUUUCGUGGAUUCGUCGCGAAUAGCUUGGCGGAUCUGGAACCGGAUAUGCUCGAGAUCCGACCCGCGGAGGUAGAGGCGGUGGCGAUUAACUCCGUAUUCGAGCUUCACAGCCUACUCACUCGUCCUGGUGGGAUUGAGAAAGUCCUUUCGUCUAUCAAAGCCAUGAAACCGAAAAUCGUAACCGUAGUCGAACAAGAAGCCAACCAUAACGGUCCGGUUUUCGUAGACCGGUUCACGGAGGCAUUACAUUAUUACUCGAGCUUGUUUGACUCGUUGGAGGGUUCGUCAGGGUUGGCGCCGCCGAGUCAAGACCAGAUUAUGUCCGAGUUAUAUUUAGGAAGACAGAUAUGCAACGUGGUGGCAUGUGAAGGAGCUGAGCGAGUUGAGCGUCACGAGACAUUAACUCAGUGGCGGAGUCGGAUGGAAUCGGGUGGGUUCGAGGCGGUUCAUCUGGGAUCGAACGCUUUCAAGCAAGCAAGCAUGUUAUUGGCUCUGUUUGGUGGCGGAGAUGGGUACAGAGUGGAAGAGAAUAAUGGUUGUUUAAUGCUGGGGUGGCACACACGGCCGCUAAUCGCCACCUCAGCCUGGCAACUCAAUAAUCAUCCGAGUUGAGAACCAAGUCAAAUUUGUGUAAUUCUAGUCAACUCCUGUUUAAUUUUUAAAAAGCAAAUUUAAUAACUGAAUUUCAUUUCUUUAAAUUA